CUCCUCUUCUCGCGACAGAUGAUUCCCACGUGGCUGGUCGGCAUCCUGCGGCUCGGCUGGUCACGCGGCGGAGCAUGACCAAGCAGGCCAUGUGGAAGACAGAGAGGCUCAGCAAUCGCUCCCCUUUUCGUGCCUUCCCAACGCUGCGGAUCCCUAACAUCGUCGCGCUGCAGGUCGUAGUGUCGUGGGCAAUCCUUCUCCAGCAGAGCUUCUAAUGUGGCUGAACAUGCGGCAUACCGUCCUCGCGCAAAUGAUCAUCCAUUCGCGGCGACUCGCGCUGUGAAUCAAGGUCACGAGGUAGACCGUCCUCAUGUGGUAGAUACGUAUGGUGACGCUGCCGGAAACAAUGCAGGCAUUUCAUCCUUAAUGGAUAAACGGGAAUACUUGGGAACAACUAUUCGAGCGACUAAUGGGUUUCUGCCAUGAUCGAACCUCCUGUUUCAACAGGCGUACCUGAAUGAACAGUGCUUUCAUAGCUCAACGGGCCAUCGCAGGUCACAAUAAAUCGAGCAGCGCGACACAUGCAGAGAUGCGAACGAAUGCAAGAGCAAACGCCGCGUUGCGGCCAACUCAAGCCGAGAUCACUUCAGCCGCAAUGAAAGAGGAGGAGGAGGAGGAGGAGGAGGAGGAGGAGGAGGAGGUGGAGGCGCAGCUCGCCGAGCACCGCCAGGGCCUGCCCUCGCCGCCCGCGGCACCUCACGCGCGCUGGCCCCUGCGCCGCAGCCGACGGCGUCGCGGCCCCAGCGCCCGAUGGCGCCCAUUCCCGCCGGCCGCCCCUCGUGCUCGCCGUGAUUCCGGCAGUGCAGCUGAUCACGCUCGCCCGCAUCUCAAACGACGCGAAGAUCGGGACAAAAUCAUAUCGGGAUAAAUCGAAAUCUCUUUACCCCUGAUGAUUCGGGGCUCUGACAUCUCCUCUCCCAACAGAUCGCUGAGCAACAGCAGCGCCCGCCGCCACCGGCCUCCCCGCUCGCAGGGCGCUGCUUCCGGCACUGCGGCCGACCGUGGCUCGCCCCAGCUCUGCCUCCGAGAUUGAUGACGGAGCAGCGACACGGCCUGCUGCCACUGAAGCCUUGCUCGCACGCCCUGGCUGCAGCAUUGAAGCUGAUCGCAUCUGUUUCCAGUGCCGCUUCCAAAAGCUCCCUGAGCAACAACAGCGCGUGCUGCCACCGCCCACCCUCUUGCACGCGCUGAGGCCUGCACUGUAGCUAAUCUCGCUUGGGCACGCCACGAGCAGAGAAAGAAGGCCCUCAUAUCUCGCGGCUCCACGAUGGAUCGGGCUGGCCGUAGAAGUACGUCAGCUCCUCGCCGCGCUUGAUCGAGCGGAGGCUGACCCAAUAGACGCCAGAGCCCUGGGCGCACAUCUUGGUGUUGGGCCUCCAGGAGUGAUUCCCGGUACCACGGCGGCCGGCCCGUCAGCAGCCGCAGGUCCAGCCGGUAGCCCGGCCGCGUGUGCACCUGUGGGAAGCCAUCCGGCGGCAGGCCCCACCUCGCGGGGGGCACUUCUGGCAACACCCGACAUGGGCCGCUCCAUCUCCAGGACCACGACGCCGGCGCCAGGCUUCGCGUGGCGAAGCCCCCGAGCUGCCCGGGGCCCAGGCGCGGGGAGGGCGCGACCCUCACCGGCCAGCGAUCGCGGCGCUCCUCGCGCGGCCGCAGAAAGCGCAUGCCCGCUCCGGCGCGGGGGGGCGUCCGAGGGGGGGCGGGCGUCCGAGAGGGGCGGGGCGCGCCAGUCC